AUGGUUAGGUCAGCGCGGGAGUUGGAGGUAUGUGAGCCACUCACGGGACAGUUGGCAGAGCAUCUGCGUUCCUCGCGUGCUUGGCGGGUGUUCUGUGCUGGUGUGGGUCCGGGUAAUGCCUGGGUGGAGCGAGUUGACUUUUUGGGUUGUGCUGGUGACCCCAUCUCUUUCCUCUUAAGUGGGCAGAAUCUUCUCUCUUACGUCCCGAGGCUACUACGGCUGGCAGAACAACCCGAACUGCGAGCCAUCAGCGUCCUGUACUGCCAUUUCCUCGUCGCAUUCGCUGAAGCCGCCCACUACGUCGCACAGUGCACACGCGAACUGAAUCUCCUCCUCCCCGUCACCGCUAUCCUUAGCCAACAAAUGUGGAAGCCCGGUGGCGAACUCUACCCCGUCGUCCCCUGCGGCCUCACCGAGUUCCAACUGCCCCCCGUUCGUGACCAAAUUGCCAGCGACCAAAUUGGCAGCGACCACGACAAAACUGGCCACGACUACCCCGGCCUCGACCAAGUGGGUAGCCGUACGGGUAGCCUGGACGCCUCCUCUGAGGCGGUCUGGCCGGAGUUUCUGGGGGGCGGUUCCCUGGUCGGCGAACUCGUCGCUGUCGAAACUGAAGACGGCUGCCGCCGGCCGGGCAUCAUCAUCAGCCAAAGCGGCGACGCCAUCCAAGUCGUGCACCGCCAGGCGCCGUUGGAUGGAGCCGCGGGCGUUCGAGACACUCCCAUUGUCGGACUGUUCCUCAACAAACCGACGGGAGCCGCCCUGGAGUCGUCCAAGACGGCUGAGUGCAAGAUGCCAGGAACCCAAUCCAAGCUUGCUACCGUCGCCGAUAAGACUACUACCGCCGCCGUGGGUCCUACUGCUACCCCCGUAGGUACUAUUACUACCGCCAUGGGUACUAGUGACAAAGUGGCGGCCUGGUUGUCACGGGUACGGUUCAACGCAUUGCCACUGGUGGUGCCGUUUCGACUGGUACGGUUUAUGUUCCGUGCGAUGCAAUGUCGUGUACGUUGUCUUGACGUGUCAUUAAAUUUGUUGACAUUCUUUUCGUUACCAUUUCUGCAAACAUUGGGUGGUGGAGAGUUGUCACAAUCGGACGCAAUGGAGAUGGUAGAAGACGCGGCAUUGAUGUGGAAGACAGAACUUUCGGCGGGUGCACGAGGUGAGAAAGGAGCGGAUCCAAAAGAGCGGGCGCUUAUGGGAUUAGGAGUGCAGUCGUUCCCUUCAAUGCGGUUAGAUGUAGAGGAGGAUGCAGAAUUAUUUGCGUCGGUGUAUACGCAUCAUAUAGAACGUUUGGAUAGUGGUACAUGUCGACCGCCGAUCGCACGUGUGCUGGAGGUGAAGGCAAAUGUUUGGGAGACAGUUUCACCCCGGGAAGGUGCUUUGGGAUUGCGGAAGGUCUUUGAAAAAUUAGGUGAAGGACUGGACACAGUAAAUGUGUUUGCACGUACAAACCUACCUACCGCCGUUCGUCUCGCCCUCGUCCUUUCGCAGUCCGACUUAGUCGCACAUGACCGACCUACCGUCGUCGUCUACUGUGCCUCUGGCGAUCUUGCCGACUCAGUUUCCUCUCUACUCUGGGACGAUGUCUUAGAACCAUUCGCCGCCAAACCUAUUCAGAAGGAACCACUAUCCGUCUCCCAACGAUGGAAGGCCAUAGACACUUCGCAGCUUGUCUUCCUUGGGCACCAAGACGCACUCCAGCAACCACCUCUCGCACCACAACCCCUCACCACCAUACGAGGGGGAGACAAAACACAACCGCUUUACCUUUGGGCCACUCGCCUUACCUACGCUGGCUGGCUUGCCAUACCCUUCCGUGCAGCCUGUCUACACAUACUCACUCUCUUCCGAGACCAAAUACUUGCCGCAAACGCUCUACACGCAUCCACACACGCCCUACUCAACCAACUACCAGGCUUUCAAGACCUACCAGGACCACCUGCACCUUGGAACUCAUUCCUCGACACAGCAAAACUACUCAUCAGCCGGCUCGGAACCGGAGACCCUUGUCUACCACACGAAUCCCAACUACGAUACUACGAGCACAUACUCGCCGCGGCCAAACUAUUCAUCGAAUCACCAGCCAUUGAAGCCACACAACACCUCAGACAACUCUAUCUCACCAAGGCCAAACCGGACACCGCAAUAUUACCCGCUGCUGACCUUCUCCGCCCCCACCACAUGGUACACCUACUCCAGUACAAAACCCGCAUGCGGACGCUCUGCUUCACAUGCGAAGGACCCACCAAAACGGUUUCGCCCUUUAUACAAAACAUGAUCGAUCACCAGUCCUCCAACCAAGCGUAUCCUCCGAGGUAA